UUUUUUUACUUCACAAAAGUCAACAAUCAUUCAAAAUUGAUUGUUUAAAAUUUGAAAUCGGAACAUUUUUUCGUUUUAUUCAACAAAAUUUGAAAAAAGUUUAAUUUUUGGCGAAAAUAACAGCUAAAAAUAUAAAAAGUCAGCAUCUAAAUAGCAGCCAUUUGCGAAUCCACGCAAAUGAAGCCCAAUCGCAAAGAGUCCGUAGCGCCGGUGUGCACGAAGAAAACCUCGACAAUCGGCACGAUAACCGCCACCGCAGUCGCGGUGGACGCGCCGAAGCACGAUGAGCCUUUACAGAAUUUGCGUGAAAAUGUCACAUUCAUCGGCUGGAUGGGCAUCAUUGCCUCGGCGACAUUGCUGCUGUGCUCGGGUUUGACCAUGCAGUGGCAACACGAGGUGGUGCGCUAUAUGAUGCUGGUGCUGCGCAAAUCCGCCGAAAUGGAGCGAUCACGCGCGAUGUUGCGACGGGUGGUAAUGACGGUCAGUGUCAGCGCUUAUUUCCUCUCUGCAAUCAAUGUGCUCAUGAAUAUGUUUCUGCUAACCGGUGUGGCGAAGCUCAAUCACAAACUCAUGUUGCCUUGGCUACUAUUUCAUGGAGUGAUCUUUGGCUUCUUCGGACAUAUCGGCUUAUACAUGCUUGUGUCUAGCUUGCUGUUGGACUUCAAAAUUUUUGUUUUGCUGCUCGCCUCAUUUACAAUGAUUAUAAUGAUUUUCUAUAAAAUAACUUUUGAGGUUUUCAAUCUCUGCAAAACCAUACGUAGAAACAGUUUGACGAAAGAGCAAAGUGCGCUGAAUGAGGAAGAAAAUAAAAACAGUUAUCUGGUUUUGCAAUCUGAAGCUUAAGUAAUUAAAUCCAAUAAGUAUAUAAACACUUCAAGCUGAUUUCUCAUGUUUCUAAAUAACAAAAUUAAAUAUGUGUAUAUUUAUCUAGAACACAGUCUGUUUACAAAAUUGAUUCACUUCAAUAACACUUCGAAAAUAAAUUAAAUUCACCAAUCAA